ACCCGCCUCCAGAGUCCCCGUCUAGGACCUCCAUGACUGUCAAUGAAAGAUGCCAAUCACAGGCAGCCUUAGCCAGAUCACUGAGAGCCCAGCAAAAAAACAAAAACAAAAUCAGGUUGAGGGCAGAAAGGAAAUCAACAUAGUAACCUCCAAUGCAUGAAGGAAACUCCGUUUACACAAGCUCGUAGGAUCCCCUGCGUGGAAACAGCGGCUUGUCUCUGACUACCCGGAGGACACGGAGCACCCCAAAUAGGAACUUUAGAGGAAUUGAAAUCUGUUGCCUAUUACCGCUAGGAAUACUGUUUGCAAGGCACAAGGUGUCUUUUGGUAGUGAGCGCGCUCUGCGCAUGCGCAGGUCCAUUCGGGAAUUACUGCCCAGCAGCCGACUAAGUUGCAUUCCUUGAAUCUUCGCAGAAAAGACAAUUCUUUAAUCAGAGUUAGUAAUGUGGACAGCACAAAAUCGAGAGAGUUUGGGGCUUCUCUCUUUCCCUGUGAUGAUUACCAUGGUCUGUUGUGCACACAGCACCAAUGAACCCAGCAACAUGUCAUACGUGAAAGAGACAGUGGACAGAUUGCUCAAAGGAUAUGACAUUCGCUUGCGGCCGGACUUCGGAGGGCCCCCCGUGGACGUUGGGAUGCGGAUCGAUGUCGCCAGCAUAGACAUGGUCUCCGAAGUGAAUAUGGAUUAUACACUCACCAUGUAUUUCCAGCAGUCUUGGAAAGACAAAAGGCUUUCUUAUUCUGGAAUCCCACUAAACCUCACCCUAGACAAUAGGGUAGCUGACCAACUCUGGGUACCAGACACCUACUUUCUGAAUGACAAGAAAUCAUUUGUGCAUGGGGUCACAGUGAAAAAUCGAAUGAUUCGACUGCAUCCUGAUGGAACAGUUCUCUAUGGACUCCGAAUCACAACCACAGCUGCAUGUAUGAUGGAUCUUCGAAGAUAUCCACUGGAUGAGCAGAACUGCACCCUGGAGAUUGAAAGUUAUGGCUAUACCACUGAUGACAUAGAGUUUUACUGGAAUGGAGGAGAGGGGGCAGUAACUGGUGUUAAUAAAAUCGAACUUCCUCAAUUUUCAAUUGUUGACUACAAGAUGGUGUCUAAGAAGGUGGAGUUCACGACAGGAGCAUAUCCACGACUGUCACUAAGUUUUCGUCUAAAGAGAAACAUUGGUUACUUCAUUUUGCAAACCUACAUGCCUUCUACACUGAUUACAAUUCUGUCAUGGGUGUCUUUUUGGAUCAACUAUGAUGCAUCUGCAGCGAGAGUCGCACUAGGAAUCACGACAGUGCUUACAAUGACAACCAUCAGCACCCACCUCAGGGAGACCUUGCCAAAGAUCCCUUAUGUCAAAGCGAUUGAUAUUUAUCUGAUGGGUUGCUUUGUGUUUGUGUUCCUGGCUCUGCUGGAGUAUGCCUUUGUAAAUUACAUCUUCUUCGGGAAAGGCCCUCAGAAAAAGGGAGCUAGCAAACAAGACCAGAGUGCCAAUGAGAAGAACAAAUUGGAGAUGAAUAAAGUCCAGGUCGACGCCCACGGUAACAUUCUCCUCAGCACCCUGGAAAUCCGGAAUGAGACGAGUGGCUCGGAAGUGCUCACGAGCGUGAGUGACCCCAAGGCCACCAUGUACUCCUAUGACAGCGCCAGCAUCCAGUACCGCAAGCCUCUGAGCAGCCGUGAGGCCUAUGGGCGCACCCUGGACCGGCACGGGGUGCCCAGCAAGGGGCGCAUCCGCAGGCGCGCCUCCCAGCUCAAAGUCAAGAUCCCCGACUUGACUGACGUGAACUCCAUAGACAAGUGGUCCCGAAUGUUUUUCCCCAUCACUUUUUCUCUUUUUAAUGUCGUUUAUUGGCUUUACUAUGUACACUGAGGUCUGUUCUAAUGGUUCCAUUUAGACUACUUUCCUCUUCUAUUGUUUUUUAACCUUACAGGUCCCCAACAGCGAUACUGCUGUUUCUUGAGGUAAGAGAUUCAGCCAUCCAAUUGGUUUUAGGUCUUGCAUAUCAGUUUUAUUACUGCACCAUGUUUACUUCAAAAAGCCAAAACAAAAAAAAAAUAUUUUUUUCCAGUCUACCUUGGUCCAGGUUAUCGGCUCUGUAAGAGCUCUAUUAAUUGCCAUGUUUACAAACAAACAAAAAGAGAGAAGUUAAAUAGGUAGAUCUUUAGCAGUCUUUUCUAGUUGCCCUGAAUUUUACUGAUUUAUUUUUUAGGGAAAAUGAAAAGAGGACCUUGCUGUCCACCUGCACUACUUCCUGGUAAACUGUAACAAUCUUCUGCUGCCAAAAAA